CUCUGACCUAGAGGCUGUUCUCAGACCACAGUUUUACUCAUACUCUGGUGUCACCUCAGUUUAUACCUCAAAAUGCAUGGAUUGAUGGUAUUUUGCUUUUCAUCAGUUGCUCUUUUGGCCAGUGUAAAGAGUGCUUUUCCACCACCGUGUGACAGUCAAAUAUACUGUACUGGGCCCAUCUUGGAUCAGGUACAGAAAGCUAAACUGUUUGAUGAUAAGUACUUUGUUGACAUGAAGUUGAAGGCAAUGCCCGGUAAGGUGUUGUCGGCUUUUCACAACCUUUCAAAUGAGACGUCAAACGUGAAGGUCCCGCCUGCCAAACUGCAGGAGUUCCUCAGUGUGUACUUUGAGAAACCAGGGACAGAGUUUGAGUCAUGGAUGCCACCAGACUGGCACGACAAGCCAAAGUUCCUGGGAGGAAUCGCAGACCAAAACCUACGUGACUGGGCUGAAAAGAUACAUCAUCUGUGGAAGUCUCUUGGCAGGAAGAUCCACGUCGGUGUUAAAGAUCACCCAGAGCUCUACUCGCAGAUAUAUACCCCACAUCCUGUUGUCGUGCCAGGGGGGCGCUUCAGGGAACUCUACUAUUGGGACUCCUACUGGGUCAUCAGCGGGCUCCUGCUGUCAGAGAUGACAGACACGGCCUACGGGAUGAUCCAAAACUUCCUCUACCUUGUCAACAGAUAUGGCUUCAUUCCAAAUGGUGGGCGGAUUUACUAUGAAAGGCGCAGUCAGCCUCCAUUCCUCACUCUAAUGGUGGAGAGCUACUAUCAAGCAACCAAGGAUAAAGAUUUCCUCAGAGCAGCUUUACCGGCUCUGGAGAAGGAGUACCGCUUCUGGAUGCAGAACCGUUCUGUGGCUGUGAAAGUAAAGGGGGCAGAGCAUGAACUGAAUCGGUAUGAUGUGCAGGUGGGCUUGCCCAGGCCUGAAUCCUACACGGAUGAUCUGGAAUUAGCUGAAGGGCUCACUGAUGACCGCAAAGAGCAGCUGUGGAUGGAUCUGAAAGCGGGUGCAGAGUCUGGUUGGGACUUCACAUCCCGCUGGUAUAUAGAUAAUGACGGCCACAACAACGGCACCCUCGCAGAGACCCGCACCAGUCAGAUCCUGCCCACUGACCUCAAUGCUCUGCUGUGCCUCAACGAGAAGACUCUCGCUUCAUUUCACAGGAUACUGGGUGACGGUGACUCAGCUGCACUGUAUGACCAGGCUGCAGCUCGCAGACUGGAGGCGGUGGAGUCCGUGCUGUGGGAUGCUGAGAGGGGAGCCUGGUUUGACUACAACCUACUGACACACUCGAAACACUUUGAGUUUUACCCCUCCAACCUGGCACCUGUUUGGGCUCAGUGCUAUUCUCGGCCUGAGAUGGGAGAGAAGGCGGUACAGUACCUGAAGGGGAGUGGCGCUCUACAGUUCCCCAACGGAGUUCCAACAUCACUGAGAGAGUCUGGGCAGCAGUGGGACUAUCCUAACGCAUGGCCUCCUUUACAACACGUGCUCAUCAGUGGUUUAUCCAAACUGCCUUCAGAGGAUGCUAAACAACUAGCAUUUGACUUGGCCCAGCGUUGGAUCAAGACAAACUGGUUGGCGUACAUGAAGUAUGAAGCCAUGUUUGAAAAGUACGAUGUGAACGGAGACGGCAAACCUGGUGGUGGAGGAGAAUAUGAAGUUCAGCUGGGCUUUGGUUGGACCAAUGGCGUGGCGUUGCAGCUCCUGGACCAGUAUGGGGCAACUCUCACCUCAGGAAGCAGACGUGUGUCUUCUGGUCUCCUGCUGCCUUUAGUCAUCUCAGCCACUCUCAUGCUCCAGUGAAUCAGAGGUGACAACUGAGCCUGACAGGAGGCUGGAUUUUUAUUAUUCUCAGUCUCACUGCACUACAUCGCUCCCGUCCACUGACGAAACUUCAAGCAAACACAAAAUGACGUUAAAAAUCAGAUAUUUUUCUACAUCCUGAUCAAUUUUAUUUGCAGAAGGAACAGGAUAUGAUCCUAACCAUCAUAACUCAGAAUUGCUUUGAUGAAUAUUUUAGUAUUUAUCCUCGGAGGUAGGCUACAUCAUCUCUGGCGUUAUGAGAAGAUGUAGAUCAUUUAGGCACUUCUGGACUCUCUAGUAAUACAGCCUGUUAGUGCUCACUGCUGCUGCUCGGAUCACAACACUAAGUUGUCUCAGAUAUUGAAGUGACAUUACAAAAAGUUAUUCACUUAAUUCAAUUAUAAAGUUUAUUGCUCUAUUGUACCCUAACUCCCACUGAGGCGUUCUGUUUUGCAUUGUAAACGAGCCGGUGAAAUAAACUGAAGUGAAAUGCAUUAAUAAUGUUUAAAA